AAACAGACCAUGGACAGGGCUUUCCAGAUAGUUUAAACCAUGGAUGGACCAAAUUUUUGACAGUUCAGAAGUUUAAAGUUAUUUUCUCAGCAGCCAGAGCCUAUGGAGACAAGUUUGAGAAGUCAUCUACAGGUAUGUAAGGCCAUCUUCCCAAACCAUGACUGACUAUUUGACAUUCAACACCGUUGAAUGUCAUGCUGAAUCCUAUACGUACCUCCAGCUCCACAGCAAGAUUAUCUACCAGUGUCCUUAUGGGUUCUUCUACUAUAAUUCAACUUGCAGGCUAGGUAUAUCAGGUUGUCAAAUUGUCAUCUGUGAUAACACUACAAACUGCAUGGAUGUUGAGGGCGGUAUUCCAAAAUGUGAAUGUAAAAAAGGUCUGGAUAAGGUGAACCCAGAAGACAAAGCUUGUCGAGUUUGUGACCAAGGCUGUUCUGCAGGAAGUAAUACAUUCUGUCGCAUCAAAGCAGAUCUCCCUGAAUGCCAAUGUCUGCCAAAUUUUGAGGAAAAGGAUGGAGAAUGUAAAGCGUGUAGCAUUGGGUUUUCUGGAGAAAACUGCCAAGACAGUUACAUGGCCAUCAUCAUAGGAGUAUCUACCUUGUGCGGUGUUCUUCUGGUGGCUUUAAUUGGCGUAACAACUUACUCCUUAGUCAGAAAACCGGACCCUAAAACCGAACAUCGACAACUGAUAAGCAAUGAGUAUGCAACCUUGGGCAAUCGUUCUGGAGCUCCUCCUGCCACAAACUUUGCUGAAAGUGGGAAAAUCUUCCCCAGAAUCCGAGGUACGAAUGACGCACCAUUGAGCAAAGCCACUGCUGAGAACCCAACCAAUUUCUACGAAGGAGGAGCUGCAAACAGAGGCUACUUUCCUGAGCAAGACUAUAGCAACGAUAACUGGCUAGAAAUGCCCUCCAGAUACUGAGUCCAGGUGAAGAGCAAGGAAAAAUAAGAACGACUGUCAACAUGGGCACUGCCAUGGAAUCAAAACGCAAUGCUUCUGAAUUCUCCAAUCGCCUUUGGACUAAGAACUAACAUCUCAGAAGGACCUUACAGCUAUCUUUUGUAUACUACUCUAGACCUGCCGGUUUAAUGGAACUUCAGCUCUACUUCCUGUCUUCCUUAAAUGAGUGGGGGUGGGGGGAAGUGCUACCAAGAGCCUUGGUAGUACAGGGGUUUAAGGCACCCUGUUAUUAAGCUGGUUAUUAAGACCAGCUGCCUGCAAUUACUGCAGGGUUCGAAUCUCGCCAAGGCUCAAGGUUGACUCAGCCUUCCAUCCUUUCUAAGGUAGGUAAAUUGAGGACCCAGUUAUGGGGGCAAUAAGCUGACUUUGUAUAAAUAUACAAAAGGAUGAAGGCUAUUGCUGAGCACAUUGUAAGCCGCCCUGAGUCUUCGGAGAAGGGCGGCAUAUAAAUCAAAAUUUAAAAAAAAAAAAAACCCUGCAAAUUGUCAUGGCUUUAGUAUGUCUUCUCUCACCUAUGUGUUAUCAGAGAAGAAGAGGCAUUAAGGAAGAGGGAAAAGGACAAUAGCUCUCUUUAACCCAGAGAGCUUCUUAACUAGAGUUUGAUAGUUUUUCAGUGUGCUCAUUUCUUUCUCUUCACCCACUCCCCUGCAUUAAACACGCACUUUCAUUUUUCUCACUUUCAAGCACCAUGUUGCAUUCAUUCAAUGUUCCUUGUCCGUCCCAAUUUAUACCCAAUUUCCACUUUCAAACACUUUUUAAGUACAGACACACGUGUGGUGUGUGUAUUAAAUGUCAUGUAGAUGGUUGGAAAUCACUGCUUGUUUGCACCUUGUUAAAUCUGCCGGUAUUGUAUGCUGGCAUUGCUUAUUGUUAUGGUAUUGUAGUCAACAAUGAAUUGUUUGCAGAGAUUUGUAAA